ACGAAUACGGUCGGAGGCAAGACGGCGCAACGCCACCAACAAUCAUCAUCCCGGUGCCUUCGUCUCUCUCUCUCCCUCUCUCUCCCUCGGUUGCUUUCGCAAAAUUUCGGGUUUCCGCCUGUCUUCUUCAAGAUGAGCAUCAACCAAUUCGCCAUGGUAGAGGAAUUGGCUUUCCUGGUGAAGGACAACCUUCCCUGCAAGCAUCUCCUGCUCUCCGUGGAGGAGGGUUUGGUGAAUUUCCUUCAGGACGACUCCAGUGGAGAUGAGAUUCUGGAAUUGGAACCCAUGAACCCCUACAACCGUCUUCUUAUUCAUCGGCUGGCUGAUAUAUUUGGGUUUGCCCAUGAAUCAGUGGGUGAAGGAGAUGAUCGGCAUUUGAUCUUGGAGCGUUGCCCUGAAACAUCAAUACCUUCAAUUCUUGUUAGUGAUAUCUUAUGGCAGUAUGAUGAACCUCAACCUCUGCCAUCAUCGUACCAGAUACUGAGGAGAAAAGAUGCUCCAACUGUGUUGAUAACAAAUGUCCCAUCUUCUCAACAUACAUUCAAGGAGAGAGAAGCUGCUUAUCUUGCUGCCCGUGAGCGAAUUUUUGCCUUUGAUGCGGAAGACAUGAGAGAACCCAUGACACAGCGACCACGAAAUGUUCCUGUAGUGGCCCGCCGUAUGAUUGCACAUGCCCUUGGCCAAAAAAUAGGCGCUAACAACCAUGAUGCUGCCAAGAAUAGUGAAGGGUAUGAAGUAGGCACUAAUGGAUUCAAUGUGCCAGAAAAUGAGAAGUUCCACCCCAAUUCGAGCUUAGAAGCUAAUGGAGAGACUAAUUAUACUCAAGGACCAGAUGUAAAUAUGUCUGAGAAGGCAAAGGGUGAGAACCAUGAUGUCCGUGCAACUCUUACUGGGAGGAAGGUGCCUAAAGAAUCUGUGCAGAAAAAUGCUAAUGUCCCCUCAUCUCGGAGUGCAAGAAGUGAAAAUGUUGCCAACAAGGAGUACUUGAAGAAAGAGCAUCUAGGAGCUGCAAAGAGGAUGUUUGCUCAAGCACUGGGAAGAAGCUCGAUGACGACGAGAGAUGGGUCACAAUCGAAGGGCACUGAAUCAAAUCAAUCUGCUAGUACGCAGUAGUCACCGAGUACUUCAUUGCUGGAUCCAAUCACUUGUCCCUGUUUAUGCUGUAUCCUUCAGCUGCAUGGGAGCUCUCUGAGUUUCAGUUCGGCCCAAUAACUGGUUUAUGAGUAUACUCUGAUAAUAGCCAUUAAACAUACUUGUGGGGGGAAGCGCCAGUCACGACAAAUCUCCAGAGAUUGCACAAAUGGGCUUCUCACUAUUUGGGUGCACAAGAACAAGGCUAUGCCACUCUCUGCCAACGCUUGGCUGGUGACGAAAUGUUAUAUCAUGAGGAGAUAUAUUAGCAUUUGAAUGGAUAAUGGGUUUGACUUAAGGAAUGAGGAGAUGGUGCUGGAUGAAAUCUGAUGCUAUAACAUAUGCUAAUCUGGAAUCAGAUGGACUUUGGACCACUCCAAGUGCGGAUGAGUAGUCUAAUAUGAUGUUUAUAAGUUCAUGCAUUCAAUUAUCUGUUGGUUAUCAUUGAUUUUAUGUACUAAAACACGAUCUGGAUGGGGAUGAUUUAUGAAUUUUGGUUCUCUUUUGGGAA